GUAACUGAUAUUUUCCACCAGCCAACAUCAUCUUCUUAUCAUCAAAAUGCACUUAAUGUAUACUAUAGGCUCAGAUGGAAAGCGUAUCUACACCUUGAAGAAAUUGACUGAAAAUGGUGAAAUCACCAAAUCUGCUCAUCCUGCUCGUUUUUCGCCAGAUGAUAAAUACUCAAGACAAAGAGUUACUUUAAAAAAGAGAUACAAUAUGUUGCCAACUCAACAAGAACCUAUUGACUACUAAGCAAUCUACCGAUGUUUUCACUUGUACCAUAAUUUUAUUUAAUAGCAUAUCUAAUAUAUAGACAAUAGAUAUAUAUUGAAUUCAGAUUGGAUCUUUGAAAUUAUUAUCACCCUUCAAUUUAUCUUCUGCAGUUGCUUGAUAAUUUGUCAAAAUUCUUGAAAGCGC